AUGAUUAUUGAAUCUCCAAAUAGUUAUGUGUAUUUGUUCAAAAAAACUUGGAAUGCAAAACGUUUGAUAUUAUCAGCAUGUUUUCUUUAUCUUAUACGUAUUAUUCUCCAUUAUUUUAAUGUAUCAUUAGAAAAAUAUGUAUUUUUAACACAAAAAGAACUAAAGCAACUUGGCUUCAUUUAUCCAGAACCAGGAUUUGUCGUUUGUGAUGAUCCAUUAUUAUCAGAAGCUGUGUAUGAAAGACAAAAACGCAUUAAGCAGAUAUUAGAAUGGCUUUCUUCAAAAUUAUCAAAAACAUCAAUUUAUAAUCCUUUACAAAAACCACCACUUGUUCCUUCACUUCCACCACGUGUUCUAACUGCUACAUUAGCCGAACGAGCAGCACACUUUAUCGGAGGUAAACAACACAUUACAACGAGUAGUCCAAUUGUUCAAUAUAAUAAUGAUUUUAUAAUAAAUGAGAAUAGAACUUCACCAAUAAUAGAUCCAGUUUCGAUAUUAAGAAAUAGUGUACAAUGGUUUUCAUCACCCGAUUCUUCGUCUGCUGUAAACUUAAGUGAUUGUUCACGUCAUCUACAUGAAUUAGAACGAGAAAUACAAGAUAUGUCAACAAGUAGUAGAAGUUUCAAUGAUUCGUACCAAUCAACAAAUUUAUCGACAUCAAUGAAUGAAAUAGUUCAAGACCUGAAAUCUCGAUCAUAUCAGUUAGCAUUACGACCAUCUAGUAGUCAAAGUGGUUCAACGGUUGUCGAUGAUGAUAUAAACAAAUCAUUUUAUAAACGAGUUGUUGGUCAAAGUGGAGCUCAAAAUGCUAUUCAAGGAUUACCCGAUAUUGCUAUUGGAAAAACAUCUGUAAAUGAAUUACGUUCUUAUUCUAAAACGUGUACAAUACAAUCAAUUGUUAUACAAUUAAAUCAAAUUAUACGUUAUUUUGAAUUAAAUCCUAAUCAAGAAUAUUUAUUAGAAAGAAUACGAGAUUUAUCUCGUACAUAUUUAUCAGAUUACAAUUGGAAAGGUGGCUCAUCAUUUUAUUUAAAAAAUAAUCUUUCAUGGUCCGAUCAAUUACCUACAGAUACCGAGCUAGUAUUUCAUUUAUUUUGUACAUAUUUUGAUAGUAAAUUUUCGGCUGAUCCACGAUAUUUGGAUGGAAAAAUAUUUAAAGGAAAUUAUGUUAUAAAACAGUCUCAAUUAAACAAUAUUGUUCGGUAUCCAAUAGCCAUUUAUGUUUAUCAAGAAAAACCUCCCGUAUAUAAAGUUCUCUGCAAUGGUGAUAUUUAUGACGUGCCAGCGAACUACGAUCUUAUUCGUAAAUAUUUUGGAGUUAUCAUAGUCAUUAUUGCAUUUGUUAGUCGAUGUAUUUUUGUUGGUUUCUGUUGGAGUUAUGGUACCGUUAUUGAUGAAUGGAAGAAAACAAAUUCAACAUUGACAGAUACUGAGCUGAGUUGGAUAGGAAGUUUUGGUCAAAGUUUAGGUGGUGCAUUUGCACCAUUGAUACUUUAUUUAGCAACACGUUUUGGAUAUCAAACAAUAUUUAUUUUAUCCUUAUUAACAUGUUCAUUGUCACUUUUGAUCUCAUCGACUGUCAAAAAUAUUCAUUUGCUCUUUUUAACCUAUUCAAUACCAUAUGGUUUUGCAAAUGCAUCAUUAUUUAUUGUUGGUACACUUUUGACUGGCAUCUAUUAUCCACCAGGACAUGAAUAUCAUUUAUUAACCAUGUGCAUCAUUUCAGCAGGUUUUCCCAUUGGAUAUCAUAUAAUGAGUGCGGUUAUGUUUAAAUGGAUUCAAAAUGAUGGAUGGAUGAUAAUGAAACGUCGAACUGGAAUAUUAGAAUUAUUUUUAACCAUUAUACUUGGACCAUUAUUUUCAACAAAAUGUAUUUUAAUGCCACAAAUUAAUAUAGAACCGGAGAGAAACAGAUCGACAAUGGCUAUACGCAAGUUUUUUUCAAAAAAAAUGAUUUAUUGGAUGAUUGGAAUAUUUACUGCAAUGUGUUCAAUUAAUAAUUUUUUAUUACAUCUUCACACACAGCUUGAAGUAGUGAGUAUCUCGCCAUCGAAAGCAGAUUUAUGGUUUCGAUUACAUGGAUUAUUUGAUGCUCUAUUUCGUUUUUCCAUACCGUUCAUCUUAAAAUUUUGUUCAAUUAAAAUUAUUUAUUUAUUUCCUGCUGCUGCAUUUUUUGGCAUGUGCUUACUUAUCUUCACAUUUGCCUUGUUAUAUAGUCAAUAUGCAUCACUGUCUAUUAUAUUCAUCAGUCUGUUUGGGUUUACGUCAGCUGUCAUUACAUCACUCCAAUAUACCGUAUCAAGCAAAUUGUUUGAUCGUGAAUUUACAGAACAAGGCUAUUGUUUUACAGCAUAUAUUUUAUUAGAUAGUGAUUUUCCCGAUUCAACUUGUCAUCAUCAUCCUCAAACACAAUCUGCUCCUGAUAAUAUCGAACAAAAUCGUAUUACAGAAAAAAUGAAUCAAGUUUAUGAUAAUAUCGGUUAUGGGACAUAA